AUGGUACACAUGUUGGCUCACCAAAUGGGUACUAUUUUAAGGCCUUUGAUCCAGGAUUCGACACAGAGUUAUCAACAGUUGGCGACCCAAAUGAUCAGGAUUGGAGACUUUUUUGGAGCUCCAAGGGCUCAAGUGCGUCAUAACCCCACACCUCAUCCCCGACCAAAGACUCCGUUUCGACAAGAGGAGAUGACAAAGGACGCGCUUGAACAAGAAUACCAGGAGUUUGAACACAUCCCAAGGGUGGCACGAAGGCCCCCCGUGGUACUGGUUAACCGUAACCAGGAUCCCGAACAGGUGGUUCGACAAGUUCGACACGACGCAACCGUAGGGGAACAAAACCUAGAGGCUAUUGUCGAACGAAUCAUAGUGCGAAAUGGAGUAAGUACGUGCCUCCAACGACCAACAUACUCCUCGCCUCUACCAAAUUUUGUCUUACAGACAGAAUUGCCAAGGGGAUGGAAUGUUCCUAAAUUUACUAUGUUCACGGGGGAUACUAAAGAAUCCACCGUCGAAUAUGUAACGAGGUACCAGACCGAGGUUGGUGACAUAGCAAACAACAAGGACUUGAAGUUGAAAUACUUCCCAAGUUCUCUCAUGAAAAAUGCGUUUACCUGGUUAACAACACUACCUCCUCAGUCGAUCCAAACAUGGACACAGUUGGAAAGGUUGUUCCAUGAACAUUUUUACAUGGGACAAUCAAAGAUCAGUCUUAAAGAACUAGCGAGCGUUAGGCGAAAGGUCAUUGAGUCAAUUGAUCAGUACCUGAACAUGUUUAGACUAUUGAAGGUGCGAUGCUUUACUCAAGUCCCUGAACACGAACUAGUCGAAAUGGUGGAUGAGGGUCUAGAUUAUUCUAUAAAGAAGAAGCUGGACACCCAGUACCUUAGGGAUAUGGCCCAAUGGGCCGAUAGGGUUCGACGCAUCGAACUUUUGAAAGUUGAAAAGUCUAAGGCGGGUCGAUAUCAUAAAAAAGAGAAAAUGUCAUACAACGCAAUCGAAGGAGACUCUCCCGUCGACGAAGAUAUAGUCGACAUGAGUGAGGUCAACAUGGCGGAACUGAAGCCCGGGCCUCCAUAUACGUGCAAGGUUUUGUAA